CACCAUUAAUAAUUGAUUACGCACUAUAUACACUCACGGCAGAUUUUUUCUAGGCAGCAUUAUCGUUUUCAAGUUCGAUUGAACACCACUUGUAACGUCAAGUUCAAGGAAAUCAUCUCUUCACUACUGCAUUGCCAUUGUGUUAAGUGCGAAAUAAAUAUGCCAAGAACAUACGUAGACAAUGCAUAUAAUCGAAGCAUUGGACGUGUCGGAAUGACGGUUGGAAGUGCGGUCGUAUCUCGAUCGAGUAGUUCCCAAUCAUCCGGAGCAUCCUACGUGGAUAAUUCACAAAAUCGAAGCUUAGGACGUGUUGGUCUGCCAUUAGGAACGGCCGUUCAUUCUCGGUCUUCAGUUGGCACAUCAGCACAAUCAUUUUCAUCGUCCGAAGGAAGAACAUACGUGGACAACUCUCAAAAUCGAAGCCUAGGACGUGUUGGUCUGCCAUUAGGAACGGCCGUUCAUUCUCGGUCUUCAGCUGGUACAUCAGUACAAUCAUUUUCAUCGUCUGAAGGAAGAACAUACGUGGACAACGCUCAAAAUCGAAGCUUAGGACGUGUUGGUUUACCGUUAGGAACGGCUGUUCAUUCACGAUCAACUGGUGGAUCACCGAUCAACCAAUCAUUGGCUGGCUCACCAAGAGCUUAUGUGGAUAAUGCGUACAAUAGACGAUUGGGUCGUGUAGGACUACCUCUUGGAUCGGCCGUACAUUCCCGCUCAUCAGGCUCGAGUUUACAGUCUGGCGCAACUUCGAGUACGGUAAAAACGUAUGUAGACAACGCAUAUAACAGAAAAUUGGGGCGAGUUGGAUUACAGUUGGGCACUGCACCUGAGAGCACACUGAGAAAUCCGAAUAAGAAUCGACCACAAUUACAACGACUUCUGAUGGAUCUUGAUGAACAGGCUAACAAUGAGGAGGGUAUGUGGCAACACCUGGUAAAUACUCGAAACGUUGCAUUAAAUGACGAUGACUUAGUCAAUUGUGAUCAACUAGAGGAAAUACUAAAUCGACGUGACGCGGCAAAGGUACAAAAAUCACGUUCAGUCAAGUCGUCGUCAUUGAAAUUUGACGGACACGUCAUCGAUUUUGCUGAAUUGGAAAUUGGUGAUAAGAUCGGAAGUGGGGGCUUUGCUGAUGUUCAUGUCGCAAUGUGGAAAACAGAUUAUCAGGUCGCCGUUAAGAAAUUACGUGUGCAACGAGUUAGCCAAACAAGAAAGGUCGAAUUUGAAAAUGAAGCUCGACUACUGUCGACACUCAAGCACCCAGCCAUCAUCACUUUGUACGGAGCAUGUAUUGAAACGCCGAAUCUGGCGUUAGUUAUGGAAUUUAUGCCAAAGGGUUCACUGCAUGAUUUAUUAUUGGAAUCGGUUCAGUUGUCGGACGAUCAAAAGAAAUCACUGAUACAUGACUCGCUUUCCGCGUUGCAGUAUAUACACGAACGAAAAGUAUCGCAUCGCGAUAUCAAAAGUCGAAAUAUUUUAGUGUGUGAAAAUCUAACUAAUUGCAAAUUGUCAGACUUCGGUCUCGCACUCAAAGAAUAUUGUGAAACAUCAACUUCGGUUACAUCGGUGGCCACUUACCAUUUCGUCGGUACGAUAAAGUACAGCCCGCCAGAAGUUUUGAAAGGGGACCGUUUGAAUCAGGAUGAUUUAAUGGUUGCAGACAUUUAUUCAAUGGCACUGACGAUUGUUGAAUUAAUCAGUGAACAGGAACCGUUCGAUGGUUUCAAUCAAAAUCAAAUACGAAAAGCUGUAUUGGCCGGUGAAAUGCCGUCUAUCGACGAUGUUCCUGUUGAUCUAAAAGGCGUAAUUACGAAAUGUUUGGGAGAAGCAAAGCACCGACCUUCAGCUGUUGCUUUUCUGAAUGAAUUUUUGAAGGUAAAGCAGGACUUAUGGAUAUGAAUAUUUAGAUAAUUUUUUUUUGGUUGUUAAUUAUGUUUUUUCGGUUAGAAUGAGUUGAAUUUUGAAGUGAAAAAUAAAUCCGAACUCAGAAAA